AUGUCGGAUCAUAUCGAAUCGAAGGCCGAGUCCAAGGCCGAGGAAGUCGAUUAUUCGAGACUGGCGGCCCGGCUGGGGCUUGAGCAGGGGCAGGUGCAGCAGCUGGGCGAGCAGUUAGUACGGACGCUGUGGGGGAGGGAGCAGGCAUUCAGGCAAUUGGAGGCUGAGAACACGCGGCUGAAGGUAUCGAUUGGCGCAGCAGAGAGCGCGUGUGAGCAUGGGGUGGAGGCCCUGCGGGAGCGGCAGCAGCAGCUGGCGGCGGAGGCUGGAGCGCAGCAGCGGGGACAGGGGGAGGCCGGAUCAGCGGGGCGCGCCGGAGGCCCGAGCGUGCCGGAACGCGUACAGCAGCAGCUGGAGGAGACAGAGCGGCGGGUCGCGGCCGGCGACUCGGCACGGCGGGACCUAGCGCGGCUGCUCGAGGAGAAAAUCUCGGACCUGGACGCGAGCCAGCAGGAGCUGGAGAGGGUACUGGGCGUGAACAAGGAGCUGCGGCGACAUGAGAUGGAGUUGGAGUUCACGGUACAGAGCCAGCGGUCGCAGUCGUUACGCGAGCAGGCGGAGAUUCAACGCUUGCAGCAGGAGCUGGCGCUAGUGCGGUCCAACGCCGAGUGGACGACAGGCCAGCUGAACGAGAAGAACCAGCAAUUAAACAGCUAUCGCGAGAAGACAAAUGGCGAGAUCCAGAGCACGCAGGUAGAACUGAAUAUUGUGAAGAACGAGCUCGAGGUGGAGCACGCGAAUGUAGCCGCCCUGCGGUCGAAGAACGGCGAGCUUUCGAAACAGUUGCAGGAUGCGCUCUGCGAAACAAAACGGCUGACAGAUUCGCUGCAUAGUGAGAAGCAGGAGUUUGCCCGGGAAAUGGCUCUGAAACAGCGGCUCAUCGAGCUCCUCAACGGGCAGGUUGCAACCAUGAAGCAAGACCUGGAGAAAGCAUAUGACGUCGCCAAGAACGGUGGAAUGUCUGACUCCGAGCGGGAGCGUCUACUAAACGAUCUUUUUGACACGAAGAAGAAGCUCGAACUAUCCCAGGCAAACGUAAGCAGGCUGGAGGAUACGAUAAAAGAGCUACUAGAAACAGAUAACGUUCAAUCAGGCGGUCGAAACGGGAUAGAACACGCGAAUGUAGGCAGUCCAAGUGGUGGAUCCACAAUUUCAACGGUCUAUGGCGAUUUAGCAGCACUACGCAAGCAGCUUGUUCAGGAACGACGCCAUAAGGAGGAAUUACAACUUCAGGUGGAGUCCUUUGUGGUUGAGCUCGAACACAAAAUUCCCGUACUGAAUUCGUUCAAGAAGCGUAUUGAAGAGCUGGAGAAGCAGUUGAAUGGCGUGACGCUCCUGCUGGAGGCCACUGCGAGGGAACGUGAUGAGAAGGUGGUACAGAUAAAACAAUAUAAGAAUAAAGUGGGAGACUACGAAACCCAGGUAGGCCAUCUUGUCCAGCAGCGUUCGGAUCUCGCCCGGCAGGUUCAAUGCCUUUUGAUCCAUAUUUCUGUCAGAGACGAUUCUAGUGGACCUCUGACUGCAGAAGAGGUCGAGUUCGUGAAGAAGUUACAAUCGUGUAGGGACAGUGCCACAGGAUCGGAUACACAGGCUAUCAUAUCGAACCGAUUAGUAGAAUUUAAAUCCGUCGUUGAGCUACAACAGAAGAAUGCAGAGCUGUUGAACGCCAUAAGACAGUUAGCUCAGAAGCUAGAGCAAGAAGAGCACAAAACACAGUCGAAGGUUAAGAGCUUAGAGCAAAAUACUGUCAAUGAAGCCAAGGAAGCUAUCUUAUCCUUGCAAGAGCAUGUACAAAUGUUAGAGGACCAACUGGAAACCGUUACUACAGAGCGCGAUUCCUUCAAGCUAUUGGUUUCUGAGGGUAAAAAUAAUUCAUUACCCAACCCCGUAGGAGCUGCAGCUUUACAACCUCAGGAAGUGGCAGAUGGGAUUGCUCAUCUAGAGGCAAGGCUUAAGGCUAUGGCAGAGGAAUCCGAGCAACAUGCGAAGAUGCUCAAUGAAGAGAUAAAAGCCCUAUACAAAUCUAAUUCCCAAUUGGCGAUUGAGUUAGAGAGAGAAAGAUCAUCUAGGGAGUUAGCAGAUGAGAAGCUAUCUUUGAUACAAAAAUCGUUAGAAUUAGUGAAAGGAGAGAAUGCCGAUUUACAGAACAGAGCUGGCUCCUUACAGGCACUGCUAUUGGAACAGGAUACUAGGAGACAGUCAACCAUUGAAGAGUUCGUAUCCGCAAAGUCGGAGUUGUUUAGUAUAAGUUCUCAACUGACCAUUUUACAAUCUGAGAGAGACUUUCUUCGUAAGGUUGAAGCCGAUUUGAAGAAGGAGAAUGAAUCACUAAACAAAGAUAAUAAUGAUUCGCAGCUUCUCAUUUUGCAGCUCAAAACCGCACAGAAAGAACGCGAUUCCCUAAUUGAAGAAACACGUAAAAGGUAUGAGACCAGAAUUGAGGAACUUGACGGGGAGCUCUCGGCAACCAAACAGCAGCUGGAAAGGAAACAAAGGGAGUAUGAUGAAUUAAGCUCUUCGAGUAGUACACAGUGCAAGUGGUUUCAGUCUAAAUUGGAUUCUUUGAAGGAAGAGCUGGGAUCCUCUAAGCUUGCUUUGAAAGCAAAAACUAGUGAAUUAGAUGCGCUUAAGGCACGGUUGAAUUCUUCGACGUCGAAGCUUGAACCUGCUAGCAUGGACCACCAACAAUCCAGUUUGGUUCUAGAAUCCGAUCAUGCUAGCCGUGUACAAUCCCUAAGCAAAGACUUGGAUGAGGCAAACAGAAAACUGUCCAGCGCAUAUUCGGAAAUUGAAAGGUAUAAGGCCGCCUCGAAUGCCACAGAACGUCCUUCUCUCUCAUACAAUGCCGUGCAAGAUAACAAGGAUGGUUCUAAACAGGCUGCAAUUUCUCUGGAAGCGGAACUUACAAAGUUGAACUCUGAUAUUGCCAUGGCGAAUGACCGCAUUAAAGUUCUUGAAGAUGAACUAAAUCGCCGGGAAGCCACAUACUCAACAGAAAGAUCGGAACUACAAGAGAAGAUUAAUGCUUUAGUGACUGAUAAGCAGAGAAUCGAGGAGGCCAAAGCUGAUUACCAGCAGAAAAUCACACAAUUACAAACUGACUUGGAAAAGCAGAUAUCAAGCACCAAUGAAGCGGAAACUAAAUACCAAACUGCGUUGCAGAAGCAGGCUGAGAUUUCGGAAAAUAUUGAAUCGUUACGCAAAAGCUCUGAGUCAUAUAAGUCUGAGAUUGCGAAGUUCAAGAGUGCAGCAGAGGAGGCACGUAAGGUCCUUGAAAGAAAUGAGCAAACUUGGGACCAACAGAAGGCGGAUAUAGAGGCUAACCUGGACUUGGCUCAUCAACGCAUUGAGGAGCUCAGCACACAGAAUAGAUUGUUAUAUGACCAGAUUGAGCUUCUGUCAAGAAGUCCUUCUUCAUCACUGGAACCAGAUACUAAGAUUUCAUCUGAUGCGCGUGAGCUAAUUGUGACACUUCGUCGUGAACGUGAUAUCUUAGAAACUAAAAUUGAUGUUUCAAAACGCGAGGAAAAGAUGCUUCGUCAAAGGCUAGAGCUAACAAAAUCGGAGCUUGACAACCUUAGAGCUCAACUGUCUGAGAGCAAGGGACUGGUUACAGAGGGCACUGACUCUUCUCAAAAUCAAGAAGAAUUAUUUGAGAAGUUGAAUCAAUUAAACUUGUUACGUGAACAUAAUAUGAGCUUGCGUAAUGAAUCCGAAAAGGUUUCUGAACACAACGAAUUCCUACAAAAUGAAAUAUUGUCUCUUCAAGAGAAAGUACAACCUAUGGAAGAACAAAUUAAAUCUUUGACUGCAACCCUAACGGAAAAGGAGCAAAAGCUUGCUCUUCUCAAGGAGGAAAGCGAUCGCUGGAAGCAACGAUCGCAGGAUAUACUGCAUAAAUAUGAACGGAUUGACCCAGAGGAGUAUCGCAAGCUGGCCUCGGAGAUAGAAGUUCUAAAGGCUGAAUUAGAAAGGAAAUCCGCGGAGAGUAUUGAUUCUCAAGAGAGGUUUAGGAAGUUGAGGAAACAAGCUAAUGAAAGAUUAGACGAAUUCAAAGCAGCCAAGGCGAAGGUAGAGUCAGAAUUGGAGCUAGCACUUUCGGGUAAAUCUCAGUUGGAAGCGAAGCUUUCGGAGGCAAGGGAAAAGAUCACCUCCCUUGAAACUCAACUGACCGAACGGCCAGCAUCUGAGGAUGACAAUCCAGUGUCCCACGAACUUGAGGAAACUAAGACUAAGCUACAGGAUGCAGAAAAUACCAUCAAUAUGUUGAAGUCCGAGUGGUCUAUUUCUGAGGAGUCGUUUAAGAAGCAAUUGGAUGAGCUUAACAAACAGCUCGAAACUAUCCAGAAGAAUUCCGCUCCUUCCAGCGGCCAUUCUGACCCCUCGUCGUACCAUGAGCAGCCAACCGCAGUCUUGGAGGACUUCAAGAAACAGGUUGAAGAAGAGCGCAGAACCCUAAUCGAAAGUCAUCAGCAGGAAUUGACUGCCAGACUGGAGGCUUCAAGGAAGAAUUUCCUUGCCGAAAAAGAGAAGGCUUUAGAGGAGCUUCGCGACUCGCUCACCAACGUGUCUGUUGAGGCUGCGUCUCAGAAUCUGGAAGCGCUGAAGAAGAAAUGGGAGGAAGAGUAUGAACAACAGACCCUACAACGAAUUCGCGAGGCUGAAGAAGCAUUGAAGAAACGCAUAAGACUCCCCUCCGAGGAGAGGAUUAACCAAGUAAUAGAGCGGAAGCAGAAGGCUUUAGAACAGGAAUUCACUACGAAGGUCAAUGCUACUGCCCUGGCACUGCUCAAGGAAAACCCUGACUCCAUAGCGUCGGAUAAGGCCGAUUUGAUUAAGGACCAUCAAAAAGAAAUCGUGCAGUUGAAGAAAGAUUUGGCCGACAAGUUCGAAGGACAGCUUGUUCAGGUCAAAAAGAAGGCAUUUGAAGAGGGUCGGCAACAGGGUAUCAUGAAGGUAAAACUCUUGGAGAGCAAGAUCUCGAAGUUGGAAUCCCAGGCUAAAGCUCCCCUGGGAACUAAUGUACCGACAAAGAUUCCCCUCGAGAACACGCAGCCGCUUGCCCAGCAAGUUCCUGUCAAGCCUUCACCAUUCCAGCUGGCGUAUGCGCAGGCGACAUUUGGGAAUGUUCCGUUCCUUUUCAAUAAAAAUUCUGAACAGAAGAAGGUUGAACAUCAGGAUGACUCCGAUUCUCACCAAAAUACAGGCAAUGGGAAUAAACGUCAGUCUGAAGAUCGAGCUGAAGAAUCUCCCGGAAAGAAGCUGCGGGAAGAAUGA